AUGACAACCCCAUCCGCAACUAACGAUAAGAAAACCCAAGAAAUGACACCUUUGCGAGAUUUCGACGAGCUGGAAGGCACGUUGCUUCCAACCGCACAAGCCGUCCUCGAGAACGAUCGCAGUCAAUUUGCAAGUGUCCCUACCGCAGUCCCGAUCUCGCAUGUUGAGUACGUUUCUGAUGUUUCGGACAAGGAAGAGAAGAUUCCGACCGUUGACGGUGUUGCGCUCGCUGUCCCUUUGCCUACCUCGUCCUCUCAAGCUCAGAUCGACCACGAUCGCCUUCGGUUUCAACAGGGCACCCAAAAGGGCCUCAUUCUGUCCGAAGAGGAAAAGGAUCGCAUUAAGUACGCCAACAUACAGGUGAAUGCUAUUGAUUACAAUAUUCGGCGGCAGGUGGAAGAAGCCAACCGCGUCGCUCGGGAACAGAAUUUCAAAGAAGAAACGGGUCAGGUUCAGUCUUCUACGGCCGCGAGUAUGCAGAAAAAGCCGUACGUCCCGCAACCCACACCCAAGGCUCCUGAAUUUUAUAAGGGCACGUACGGGAGUGACUACAAAGUUAAGAAAUAUGACGUUGCGGAAUACAAACCUGAUUACCAGUACAAAACGACAGAAUACAAGAGUGUUUACGAGCCAUAA